AUGCCGAACCGUCGAUGGAUCAGGCUGAAGGCGAAGCUGUUGCGGCGAUCGUCGUCCUCAUCCGCUCCCGCCGCCACCACCACCACCCCCCCCGUCAACGCCGCCAUCAACAGCGACACGACGACUCCCGGUGAUGACAAGUCUCAUAAUAAUAUUAAUCCCCCGCCAACACCACCCCCAGCAGCGGAAAAUGAAACAACCGUGGUGACGGGCAGCGACAGCCGCCGGGUACCGGCUGCACCGGAGCAGGAAGAGGAGGAGGAGGACGGUCGGCGACGGGCACGAUCGCAAUCACGGCGACGAUCGGAGUCUCCCGAGCUCUGCGAUCCUCUGUCCCGGCCGGCCGUGAUUGGUGCAGGACGAGGGCGGUACUACGGCCCUUUUGAGGACGGCGCCGCCGCGAAAUCCUGUCCAGAAGAGCCUGUCGCUGUCGCUAUCACCACUGCCGAACAACGAGAAGGUCGAUUGCGACACUCGGCCGUUCAUCAGGGUGCCGGUGCCGGUUCCAGUGCAACCCGCCAGCGACAGCAGGACGCGACCUUGGAUCGUGUCCGUCCCGUUCCCAACCGGCGUCACAGUCACAGUCCCUUCUCCGAGCAGCUCAACGUCAAUUCCCCACCCCCGACGACUCUAUCGCCCGAUCCGCUACCCUCGCCAACCCCAACCCCCCCUCUCACCUCGUCCGAUCGCUUUGGCGCCUCGUCGCUUCAGCUUGGCUACUCGCAAGGCCUCGAUCGCUUGGGCUCUGCCGCAGGGGAGCCUCAGCUGCCGCCUGUGUUGGACGUCGUUGCGGAGAACCCUGCCGGCGAGCUAGCUUAUCCGUCCUUUGUCCCAACAGUCCAGACAGUCCAGACACCUCCUGCCUCCUUUUCCAAGCGUCCCAGCCUGGGAUCUCGUCGCCAGUCGCUCCUGGCCCCGUCUCAUCAGUACCUUAUCAACAGCUUGUUGGAGCCCGGGCUCACAUCCGAACCCGACAAUCCGGGCCACGGUCGCCUUGCCACCUACAAUCCAGGCAUGCCACGCAAGAUCUGGGUCAAACGGCCAGGCGGGUCGGCCACUCUGGUCCCCGUCUCGGAUGAUUAUCUGGUGGACGAACUGCGCGACCAGGUGAUUGUGAAGUAUUCGAAUUCUCUGGGCAAGACCUUCGACGCUCCUGAUAUCGUCAUCCGGAUUACCCCGCGCGAUGGCUCGAACAGACAGCAAACCCCCGAUCGCAUGUUGAGCCCCGAAGAGUCGUUGCCUGCUGUGGUGGACACAUAUUAUCCGGGGGGGCAAGCCAUUGAGGAGGCGUUGAUUAUAGACAUCCCCCAGCGUCGCACGCCGAAGCCUUCCCCGCGUCAUUCGGUCUACUAUAACCACCAUUCGGAGCCGGGUGAGCAUGGCGACUACUUCCCCCUCAUGCCCGCAAACCCCAAUGUCCCGACGCCACCGACUCAUCCAUCGAACUCAACUGCAAGCGUGAACGCCCAUGCCGCCCCGUCGAUAUCCAUCUUGACUACGGGCUCAUUGCCACCUGUGCCCUCUCCCGGGAGUCGUGGGAGUCGACACCCACGCCGGCCGCCCCUCACUCGACAUGCCACUAACUCGCCUACGAUUCUGAACCAGACGCCGGUCGUAAAAGAACCCGGGGUGACUUCCAGUCCCAUGCCUCCUCAGCCGGCCCCAGCAAUGCCUACUCCGCCAGGGCCAGCACCAGAGUCCCCCCAGGCAAAGUCCCUUACCCCUCCAGCACGUGGCAGCUCGCCACGCCCCCGCCCGGCCGCGAAGCAGAAGAAACCGAGUGCGACGCAGUCAUUGAGUGGGGUCUUUGGAGGCCUCAUUGAGGGCACUGUGCCGCCUAUCAACGUGUUGAUUGUUGAGGACAAUAAUAUCAACCAACGGCUAUUGGAAGCUUUCAUGAAGCGUCUGAGCGUCCGCUGGAAGUGUGCGGCUGACGGUGAGGAGGCCGUGAAGAAAUGGCGCCAAGGUGGUUUCCAUCUGGUACUCAUGGACAUUCAGCUGCCUGUGAUGAACGGUCUGGAUGCGACGAAGGAAAUCCGCAGGCUGGAGCGCCUGAACGGGAUCGGUGUAUUCCCCAAGACCGCCGACGGGCGGGCGAGUGCCGCCAAUGCUACCGUGACAACCCCACCGGCGGUGACCGGCAAUAGCGACCCCUUGGCCGCGGAAGACACGUUACAUGAUCUGUCCCUGUUCAAGAGUCCCGUCAUUAUUGUGGCCUUGACGGCCAGCAGUUUGCAAAGUGACCGUCAUGAGGCACUGGCGGCGGGCUGCAACGACUUCCUGACCAAGCCCGUGCGAUUUGAAUGGCUCGAACAGAAAGUGACAGAGUGGGGGUGCAUGCAGGCCUUGAUCGAUUUCGAGGGUUGGCGCAAGUGGCGAGGAUAUGCAGAUGAAGCGCUAUCGCCUAUCAUCUCCGACGGCCAUACGAGCCCCAUGCAAAUAGGCGGUGAUGGAGUUUCGCGGAAGCCCUCACCCACCAUCUCACCCUCACCGUCCUCCACCGCCAGUCAGGGAGGAUUCGGCGCGAAGAAGGAGCGCAAAUCGCUCAGCUUUCUCAGGCCCAUUGACGUGACGCCGGAAGACUCCUCGGGCAGCGGAGAGGGAGGACUGGACUCGCCAGCCAGUCCCGUGACAUCGGCUCCCACCGACAUUCCUACCGAACCCUGAUGGGAUCCCAAACCAGCUGGUAUCCUCGAUGUUGUUUGCAGCCGAUGGCCUCCUGGCUGGUUGGCGUGUGUUGUUUGCAUGUUUUUUUCUCAAAAAGGUUUCCCGCUAUUUUGCGUCUUCCUAUGGAUACCCAGCAUAGCCAUCGUCGCUGUUCUUCCUUCUUUCCGUCUGCUACCCUCGUUGCGCUCUCUUUUGUUACUUGAUUCUGGUUGAAUUGGCGUUUUGUCGGGGCUCGUGUUAAUUAGUUGGUUACCGGUGCACCCGUGGGGGACA